AUGUCAUUUACAGCACAAGAGCCGGGAUGUAUGCAAAGAUUGCAGUUAAGAAAACGACUGUUUAUACCAUUUGCAUCAAUACUGACUUUUUCUGGAGAAACAAAAGACAAAUUUUACUUCUCUACAAGACUGAUCCAGUUAGGACAAAUUACUUCAGACAAACUGUCUCCUGUUAAACUGACAUGGUGGACAAUACACCAUGUGGAGUCUUUUUUGUUAUAUUUCAGGCAGCUGAACACUGACUUUGUUUGCUGGCGAGGGCUGUAUACAAAGUUCCUGUGUACACCAUAUGAGGAUAGAGAGGGCUGGCUUGUAGCUGUAACUCUUUAUAAUGGAACAUAUUACAUGUUUGAUUUUCACACAGAGCAGAAAAAGAAACAGAAGGCAUCGAUGACACAACGUGAUGAUGAAAUGUCUUGUUGGGGAUGGAAGUUUGAGCAGUAUUUAACUUCAGAUUCUCCCACUGGUGUUCCUGAUACAGAGUCUCCAUACAACAACUGCGAGGCUUUCUGUACUGUUGUUCGUUCAAGACUAAACUCUCAUUCCUUGGUUUACAGUGGUGAGGUAGAUGCUGUACAUACGGAUGAUGUACAUGGCAAACAUUACAUUGAGCUUAAAACAUCAAGGGACUUCAGCCAUCCCAGACAAUAUGUAAACUUUAAAAGGUUCAAGUUGAUAAAAUGGUGGGCUCAGAGUUUCCUGGUAGGUAUACCAGAGAUAGUGUGUGGAUACAGAGACGAUGAUGGAAUUGUACACAGGCUGGAAUCAUUUAGCACAAAGGAAUUACCAGAAAUUGCCAAGGAUAUAAGCAAUCCAUGGAAAGCAAAUGUGUGUUUCAACUUCUUGGAUCAGCUGCUAUCUUUUAUAAAGUCUACAGUAAAAAUUGAUGAUCACAGAACAGUCCAUCUGCUGCAGUGGUCUCCAGGUGAACCAGUCUUGUGUAGCAAGCCUCUCAGUGACUCAGAAUACAACUUCCUUCCAGACUGGUACACAGAUUAACAACUUUUCUCUGAAAAUAAAGUAAAACUGCCAAACCAUCCAAGAUCUGAGACAAGCAAAAUUUACACUACUCCAUACUUCAUAGGAGUAUUGUUGCACAUACUAUAUAUAAUUUAGUGCUGUAAAGGUAUAACUAUAAUACAAACUCUGUCUCAUUUGUAGGGAUACUUCAGAAUCUGUUGUUCUUAGUGAAAACUUCAUGGAUAGCUUACGUUGAGAUCUGUUACCUUACUGUAGGGAUAAUACACGUUUUUUUGUGUAUUAACGUCUGCAGAAGCCCGCGGGAUUGUUUGUGACCGAGACCGAAGGUCGAGGUCACAAACAUAUCCCAAGGGCUUCUGCAGGCGUUAAUACACAAAACAAACGUGUAUUGUCGCUAUUCUUGCAUAAAAAAACAUUACACGACGACUAAAUGCAUUGUUUUCAUAUGUGAGGACUUGACGAUUCCGGUACAUUUUUUAUUUACCAUUCUUGUUGUUCUUGGAAACGGUAAACAUGUUUUAAAUAUCCAUAACCGGGGCACACAUAACAACAACACUACUAAAAGCGUGAUUUGAAGGUUUUUGAGCAUCUUAUGUUUAUUUUUAGUUAUUACAAACGUUACAUUACACAUAAUUUUGCAUAUAACUUAAAAAUUUGAUAAACAGGAACACAAUUAUUUUAAGAAUAACAACUUUACAUUCUAAUUAUUUUGAGUACGAACAAACAGAGUACGGAUGAGUACGAAGCUAGUGACUAGCUUUCCAGGUUUAAAAUUAAUUAUUAUAUGAAUUCUGCGAACAAUCAGGUAAAAACAAACCGACUGAUACUAACAGAAAUCAUUAAUAUAAUACCUAAAAACGGGCAAUAGCACAAGUUACACGAUACUUAUUUAUUCACAAUUAUUUACAAUAACUGAACAGACGCUUUGUAAAGGGAGUAAACUCUAAGAGAAGCUAGAGCGUACACUGAUGGGGGCAGUACGUUUGGGGUUGGAAACUAAUACAGCUAAACAUACUAUGGAUUACAUUGUAUCUAUAAUGCUACAAGAAGAGGUUAUUAUGGAAGAAACAAGAUGCAUAUGCCAAAUAUCAGUCUGCGCAGAAAUACAUACAUACGUCCCUGGCAAAGCAUUUCAAAAAUAAAAAUCAUGUAUUAACAGCACGUGAAUUGCCUUGUUUGCACACGAUUUUUCUCCCGUUUAUACAUUGGCGGAUCCAGUGAAAAAAGUAGUUUUUAUGCAAGAAUGUAUAUAUAAAUGUGUGUUUGUGUUCACGAGAUCACAUUGGUAUACAUUGAAUGCAAUAUAUGUGUCAUUAAAAAUUGAAAUAAAGUAAACAACACAUGGAA